GUGGCCCCUCCCGGUUUCCUCCUCCCGACAGCAGAAGCCAGACUCAGUGCGCCGGGUGUGAGGCAACAUGGGCAGCAAGAGGAGAGGGGCCAGGAACAGGAGGGGCAGGGACGGCCCGGCCCCCACACAGUGUGUCCAGGCCCAGUGCUUUGACCCUCUGGUCCGAAACUGCGUGGCCUGCAAUCUCUUCCGGACGCCAGAACCGAGACCGGCCUCGCCUCCCACCGACCCUUCCCCUCCCCCGCCGUCUCUUCCCUCCGCCCCCUGCCCGCCCUCUCCGUCCCUUCCCCCAGCAGCGGGGGCCAGCAGCAGCCUGGCGCCCGGGACGGCGCUGCAGCCGCAGGAGUCGGUGGGCCCGGGGGGCGCGGCGGAGGCCGAGGCGGCGCUGCCGCUGCCCGCGCUGCUCUUCGGCGCCCCCGCGCUGCUGGGCCUGGCGCUGGCCCUGGUCCUGGUGGGCCUGCUCGGCUGCCGGUGGCGGCAGCGGCUGCGCGCGGCGGCUCCCCCAGGGACCCCGGAGCCGCACCCCGGCGAGACCCUGGACCAUGUCACCAUCCUCCCCCCGGGACCCCUUGAUGCCACCGCUCCCGUCUGGCCUCCAACCAGAGAAGACGCAGCCAACACCCCACCUGCCCACAGCGUCCCCGUGCCAGCCACAGAGCUGGGCUCCACUGAGCUGGUGACCACCAAGACAGCCGGCCCUGAGCAGCAGUAGCGACGGAGGGGGCAGGAGGUGGCCCCUGUCCUCCCAGUGGGCCGUCAGCCAGGGGCUUGGAGGUUGGAUUCGGCUUCACCCCCCGUGCCCACCUGCCCCUUUUCUGGGAACCACGCUGCUCCCCUGCUAACCCCGCAGAGCCACAGACUACAGACCUCAGACGGCAGGCGUGGCGGCCCUACCGCACCGUAGCAUUUGGCUUAAAACCAGACCAUCUUUGGCGGUCCUCGAAGGUUGUGGCUGAGCUCCCGUGCUUUUGAGUGGCUGGGGCACAUGGCGUAGGAGGUUUUUCUCUAAGCGCAGGGAAGCCACCAUCCACCAGAAUGAAUCUAGGAGAAGGAUCAGGUGGGAGGAUGCUUAAUUUAUAGCUGGGUGACGUAUCUCUUUAAUACGUGCUCUCCCAGCUGUCCUGCUUCUAACCGAUGGAAAUGGCAGCAAGGAGUAACCAGCCGACAGGUUUGCUUCAGGAUUUAAUACAGAAUGAUUCUGAUUGUAAAAGAGCCUGAAUUGUGCUAAUUCUCAGGUAUCUGUACCCAAGGGCCAACCCUGAGCUUGGCCCAACCUUCUAGGACCUGCGAUGCCAUUUUUCACCCCAGUAGCAGCUUCCAGAGCCCCAGGCUUGCCCUUGGGAGGAAGUCUCCAGCCCCCUGGGGCUGGACUGCAGGCUCACGCUGAAGGCACACGGCCAAGCUUCUCUCUCGGAGGCCACCUGGAGUCCCAGCUGUCUCCGAGGCGCUCUCAGCUGUACACAGGGAAAGGCCCAGGACCACCAAGGGGCUCCUUUGUUCAGAAGCCAGAGCA